AUGCCUAAAGCUAAUACUACCUCAACCAAACUUCAAUCCAUCAAUAGAAAUCGAUCUGUUGAUAGAGAAAGACUCUCUAAUGCUUGUGUAAUUGGGUUAUUUGUUGUUCUUGGUAAUUCCGUUACAGUCAAACUUCCAUCAAAGAAAUCAAAAAAUACACUUGCGCAUCUUUCUAUUGCAAAUGCUUUUAUCAAUGGAAAGGACAUUAAUGAACUUGUUCAAGAACAAUAUUCUUUCCCAAGUGUUUUAGAUAAAAAUAAAAGAAGAGAUAAAGAGGUUGCUAUUUUUAAUGCUGUUUCUAAAGAAGUCGCAAGAUUUCAUUUUAAACUUGCUAAAAGAACAACUGCAGUUAAAACUCUUAAACUGAAGAUAUAUAAGGAAAUAGGUCCUUUCAAUAAAAAUGGUGUUACUUUAUUUGGAACUAAAGUUACUUCAAGCUUAAUGAAUAGAAAUCCUUGUGGAAGAUGCUCCCAAAGAGCCUUUGUAGAAUUAAAAGGAUAUGAUGAAGAAAUAGUAAAUAUUUUCCAUUCUGUAUGUAACAAUCAAGAAAAUGUUAUUGAAAAUUAUAUCGCAGAUUAUCCUGAAUUAUUUACAACAGACUUAAAACCAGAAAUGGAAUUUGAUAAAAGAAGUGAUGAAGUUGUUAGAAACACUCCUACUUUUGAAAGUUCAUGUGUUAGAGGUGUGUUUAGACUUUCUAAUGAAAACUUUUAUUCAACUGAAACCGCUGAUUGGUUUUGUACUGAAUAA